AUGAAAGAAGUUAAAUUAGUGAUAGAUCUAGAGGGAAUAUUAAAAGCCUACAAUACCAUUGACAGUGCAUAUGAUAUGAAAGAGCUUUUUGGGUCCCAUGGUUAUUUGUACUAUAUCACUAUACUAAGGCAUCUACUUGAUAAAAACAUAAGAAUAGAAAGCGAGCUGUAUAGCGAUGAAGAGAAAAAAUUCAUGGAAGAUGCAAUUAAGAACCGUAUGUAUGAACACUUUAUGUACAAUGAUAGUAAAGACGAUGAUGCGACUAUGUUUAAGUUAGAAAAGAGUUUAAGAUACAGCAGAAAUAAUCCAAAUUAUAACAAUACUCCUACUCGCCUGCUUAAUGAUCUUAUGGAACCAAAUAUAUUUAUAUACAACGCAGAACAAGGGAUAAAUAUGCAGUAUGACAUGAACAAAGCAGUAGAGAGCCUAGGGAUAGAUGAUGUGAACUCGAACUUGGGCACUCGAGAGUACACGCUAAAGAUUGAUGACACAAAGUUCAUGAACUUAGAAAGUUUGUAUUGGUCUACCUCCAUGAGUCUGAGCAGAGAGUUUUUCUGUGUUUCACAUAAUUUA